ACGCAUCCGCAGGCAGAGGCGCUGCACGAGACGGCACCGAGCCAGCCAAGAAUCUGCUCCUGCUCCAUCUCCCAUUUCAGCCCCCAUCACCUCACUACCCAGUACAGUCCACAAGCACCACGUGCCAUCUUCCUUCUUCCAGCCUACCGAGGCGGGCGAUAAGCCAUGGCCAUGGAGAAAGCCGCCUCCUUCCUCUCUUCCCUCCUCGGCGGCGGCGGCGGCGAUGGGGAGCCGGCGGCGACGGUGAAGUCCAUCCUGAUUUACCCCAUCAAGUCCUGCCGGGGAAUCGCCGUGCCCCAGGCCCCCAUCGUCUCCACUGGGUUCCGGUGGGAUCGGCAGUGGGUGGUGGUGAACGCCAAAGGGCGAGCCUACACCCAGCGGGUGGAGCCCAAGCUCGCGCUCGUCCAGGUGGAGCUGCCGCCGGAGGCCUUCGCCGAGGACUGGCAAGCCACGGCCGACGACCACAUGGUAAUCAGAGCACGCGGAAUGGAACCAUUGAAGAUCCCUCUUGCUGCGGAACGCACCACAAUUGAUGAUGUCUCUGUGUGGGAGUGGUCUGGCUCUGCAUACGAUGAAGGAGCCGAAGCAGCCGAAUGGUUCUCCACUUACUUUGAGAAGCCAAGUCGACUGGUGCGCUUCAAAGAAGCGUCGGAAACUAGACCGACCGAUCCUGAUUAUGCCCAAGGUUACAAGAUCAUGUUUACAGAUUGCUUCCCGUUUCUGAUAGCCUCUCAGGGCUCACUGGAUGCACUAAAUGAGAUUCUUAAAGAACCUAUACCAAUGAACCGCUUCAGACCAAAUAUUUUAGUGGAUGGAUGCCAACCAUACUCAGAGGAUCUAUGGAAAACCAUAAAGAUAAACAACCUAACAUUUCAAGGUGUGAAGUUAUGCAACCGUUGCAAAGUACCAACCAUUGAUCAAGACAAUGGAAUACCUGGCACUGAACCAACUGAAACUCUAAUGACAUUUCGGUCUGACGAAGUGCUGCGUCCAAGCCACAAAAAUAAACGGCAGGUGUACUUUGGUCAGAAUUUAGUCUGCAAGGAAUCUCUAUCAGGAAACAGCAAAGGAAAGAUCAUCAAGGUUGGCGAUCCAGUUUAUGUUCAGCAGGCAUUCACUUCUUCUAAUGAAGCCCCAGCCUGAAUCAGGGCUUUUCAGUUUCCCAUGUGCAAUAGACUAUAGUAACAUUUAAACCAAAUUGUCAACAAAACGUGAGAAAUGCAUUUGUCAUGUGCAUUGUGCUCAGAUUAAAAGAAACAGCAGGCUGUUACUAUUGGAUGAUGCAAUAAAAGGAUUUUCCACUGCA